UCGGUAACACUGAAGCUGUCAUGGCUGAAAAGAGGAAUGUUAUGGGGCUGUCACUGCUCUUUUUGUUACUUUUCGUGGCUCUCCUUCAUUUAUUCAUAUGUCCUUUCACAAAAGUAGAAGAGAGCUUUAAUUUACAAGCGGUGCAUGACAUUUUGUUCCACAGAUUUGAGCUUGAGAAGUAUGACCAUCAUGAGUUCCCAGGAGUGGUUCCAAGGACAUUCCUCGGGCCCUUAUUUUUGUCUGGUCUCAGCUCUCCACUUGUAUUUCUGUUUCAUCAAAUCGCCGCCCCAAAGUUCUAUGCACAGUUAAUAGUCCGUGCAUCUUUGGGAGUGUGUGUCAUUGGAGCACUUUGGUACAUGCAAAAAGAGGUGAGAAGGCAGUUUGGCUCCACAGUGGCAGGGCUCUUCUGUCUAACAUGUGCCUCCCAGUUCCAUUUAAUGUUUUACAGCACCAGGACCCUUCCCAAUGUUUUUGCACUGCCUCUUGUUAUUGUAGCCUUCACGUCUUGGACGGCACAGAGAUAUGGCUGCUUUAUUUGCUUCUCAGCAUUUGUCAUCAUUGUUUUUCGGUCAGAAUUGUGCAUCUUAAUGGGUCUGAUGUUAUUGAUGUCCUUACUGAGCAGAAGGCUUGGUGUAGUGAAGCUAAUUUCCUUUGCCUUACCAGCUGGCAUACUGUCUUUAGGACUUACUGUUGCAGUAGACACGUUCUUUUGGGGGAAACCUCUUUGGCCUGAGGGACAGGUUUUGUGGUACAACACCGUCCUCAACAAAAGUUCAAACUGGGGAACCUCUCCCUUUCUGUGGUACUUUUACUCUGCUGUGCCUCGAGCUCUGGGAUGCACCUUGUUCUUUGUCCCUCUUGGCCUCCUUGAUCGGCGGAUGAAGAUUAUUUUCCUUCCCACGGUGGGAUUUAUCCUUUUAUAUUCACUGCUGCCUCAUAAAGAGCUGCGCUUCAUAAUUUACACCUUUCCAGUGCUAAACUUGGUGGCUGCUCGAGGAUGCUCAUUCAUUCUGUCAAACUAUCAUAAGUCAUGGAUGUACAAACUGGGGUCUGUAGUUGUUAUUGGCCAUCUGCUGGUGAACAUGGGAUACUCAGGCUUCUGCCUUUACUUAUCCCAUCACAACUACCCUGGAGGCACGGGGAUGCUAGAACUACACAGAUUACAGCCAUCAAACACAGAUGUCAUUGUUCAUAUAGAUACAUUUGCAGCUGAAACUGGGGUGUCGAGAUUCUUGGAGCUGCACAAAAACUGGAGAUACGACAAACGUGAAGAUAUGAGCUCAACAAAUCCAGAGAUCAAACUGUAUACACACCUAUUAAUGGAGGCAAAUGUUACCAGGAUACAACAACUAAGAGGCACUCAUCGACCUAUGGCUUUCAUAGAUGGUUACAGUAAAAUCAUCCUGAACUUCUUCCAUGUUCCACCUGUAUAUGUGCUGUUUCAACAAAAGACUGUACUGAUGGAGCGGAUCAAACACAGUUGACAUGGCGGCAGUUUUUGAAAAAUAACCAUAUAUUUUUUUAGUCUACAUCUGCAUUGAAGAAUGUUUUGAAUAGUAAAACAAUUGUCAUUUUAUAUAGCUGAUUUAUGCUGGUACAGUUAUAUUUUCUACUUGUUUUCAUUG